AUGCACAGGGCAAAAGCCGCAGGGGCAAAAGGCAAGGCCCAAGAUGAAGAGACACGGGAAGACCUGAAGGGAGAAAUGGGUCUGCUAUUAAACUCGAUUAAUGAGCGUAUCAUCUGGUCUCUUCGGGGGCAACUGAAAUUGUUUUCCCAGGGUGACGGUAAACAUUCCCACCAUAACAUCAAUGUUGCCUCUCGCAAUUGCAAAACCUCAACUCCUUUCUUCGAGCACUUCAACUUCAUCGAUGCUCUGAACUCCUUCAGUCCUCUUCAACUCUUUGAGAGCCGCAACUUCAGCAGCAAUGUCAUCAGGCAAGAUACUCUCUGGACCAGCAAUAAGGUCAUCUGCAUCACAAGGCUCAAUCGAGAGCGGAGGUGUCUAGGAUAUUCCAAAAUUUACAGUCCCAACAGCAAUGUCAACGUCUUUGGACUUCUCAGCCUUCGCGGCUUUUAUGGUGCUGUGUUGUCGAAGAUUGCGUUGUGCCAAAUCAGGGAACGUACACUCUACUUCACCUACAUGCCCUACUGCAAUUGA